GUCAAGCAGGUUGCGCUUCCUGUUAGCUUACAGCAUAGGCGGUUGAACUCAUGGGAGGAAUCAAACAAGAGCAGAAUGAGUCCCUGCAGCGGGCUAAAAGUUCACAGUCACUGGAUCACUUACAGGACGAGCCAAAGAAGAGAGGUUGGCCAAAGGGAAAGAAAAGAAAGAAGGUGCUCCCAAAUGGUCCCAAGGCUCCAGUAACUGGAUAUGUCCGGUUCCUGAAUGAGCGACGGGAACACAUGCGGGCCCGAUACCCUGACUUGACGUUUCCAGAAAUCACCAAGAGGCUUGGAGCAGAGUGGACACGAUUAGCUCCAAGUGACAAACAGCGCUACCUGGACGAGGCAGAACGGGAAAAGAUGCAGUAUGCCCAGGAACUGAAAGAGUACCAACAGACUGAGGCCUAUCAGAUCACCACUUCCAAGAUACAAGACAAAAGAUUUAAAAAAGAGGAUACAUCGGCUGCCUUCAUCAAUCCUGCGACAACAGGAACAACUUUGCCCAAGGUUCCUGACUUGUCAAGUAGAUUUGACAUCCCGAUAUUCACUGAGGAGUUCCUAGAUCAAAACAAAGCUCGAGAGGCUGAGCUCCGACGUCUCCGUAAGGCCAACAUUGAGUUUGAAGAGCAGAACACGAUGCUGCAGAGGCACAUAAAGGACAUGCACAAUGCUAAAGAGCGCCUAGAGGCAGAACUAGGGCAGGACGAGCUGCGUACCCAGGCUCUUCACAAACACUUACUGGCCAUUAAGCCAUUGGUCAACAGUCUGUCAUCUGUCCCUCUGCCAGAUACGGGUGAGACUGCAUCUCUUGGAACUGACUUGUACCUGAGUCGUCUGAAUGGUUUCCUGGAGGACAACCCUCUUAAGCACCGUGCUCUGCUCACACAGCUACGAGAUGUCCUGUCUCAUAUUGACAGUGAGAAGUUAUAAGAAGUCCUAAUUCAGCGAUGCCUUUAUUCCUGUGUCAAGUGGGAAAUAUCAGACAUUCAGCAGAGUGUGCUGACACCCUGGAC